AUGCCCGAAAGUACAGUUGAUGCAAAUUCCCUUCCCUUAUUCGAGGCCACCUAUGCUACACCAAUGGACUGUGAAUCAUGUAUUGAUUCAAUCAAAACUAAUCUACAUGACACCAGUAAAAGUGCUGAUUAUAAAAUCGAUGAUUUAAAAUUUGAUCAAAAUGCGAAUUUAUUCUAUUUAAAAAGUAAUAUACCACCAAGUAUGGUUUUGGAAACAGUAACCAAGAAUUUAGGUAAAGAUGUUGUGUUAAGAGGUACUGGUGGUGGCGGUGACGGUGCUGUUUCAAUAUUAGAAGCAUUUACUGAAAAAUAUUCCGCAUGUGCUACAGCCGGAAGGGGAGCCUCAAACAAUCCAACUGAGUUCCAAGAAAUGAAGAAGAGAUUUAUUGGAGUCAAUGAAAAUUCUGUUAAAGGUUUAGUUCGUAUGGUAAGUUUAGAUACGUCUAAUAAUACUAGUAAUACAUAUUUUGAUAUAACCGUAAAUGGUGUUGAUAGACCCGGUUUAUAUUAUAGUAGUAUUCAUGCUAAUGGCGAUAUAUCUAAUGGUUGUUUGAGUACAGGUCCAAUUUUACAUAAACUGGAUCAUCCUAUAAAAGUAGUAACACCAAUUAAUGUAAGUAAUGAUAAAAAGUUGUACAAGGGAUCUGCAUUUUUUGGUGUCCCCAAUAUGAAUGUGGGCGAUUUAAUUGGUAGAAGUUUUGUCAUCACUAACAACCCAAACCAUGAAAUAGGAAAGAGUGGUGAUUCAGUUAACAUUUGUGGUGUUAUUGCUAGGAGUGCUGGUAUUUGGGAAAAUGACAAGCAGGUUUGUGCUUGCAGUGGUAAAACUAUCUGGGAAGAACGUAAAGAUGCAAUCAAGAAGAACAUUGAUAAUUAUUGA